CGACAGCAAGCUGACAGUUCCCAACAAGAACAAAGCAAAAGUUUGCCCGGAAUCGGCAAAGUGGCAGUGGUCGAUCGGAAACUAGAUUGCGGACAUUCCAUCGCAUAUCAAACGGCGAAUUUCCAGUAUCCCCGUAAAUCCACACGUGCACGGAAGCCUCCACAAUGAGUGAGAAAAAAGACAGCAACUGGGUGAAGAAGGCCGAGGACCAGGAAAUCUCGAAUCUCGUGGACAAGUUGAAGCUGGAAAAUGAGAAUGCCGCUGGCCGCAAACCCGAGGCGGGAGAUGGAAAGAGGGAAGAGGAUCAAGCUGAUUCCGCCAGUGCGGCGGAGACCAGCCUUCUUAUGAAAAUUAUUCGGAAAGGGCUGGUCGAAUCGAAACAGGAUUUAGAAAUUCAGCGCAAGGACCCGAAUUCGCCCUUGUACUCGGUGAAGACAUUCGAAGCGCUGCACCUGAAGCCGGAGUUACUAAAGGGAGUCUACGCCAUGGGAUUCAAUGCUCCUUCAAAAAUUCAGGAAACUGCACUUCCGACACUGCUAGCCGAUCCGCCGCAGAAUAUGAUUGCACAAAGCCAGUCAGGAACGGGAAAAACUGCGGCUUUCGUCCUCGCCAUGUUGAGCCGGGUUGAUCCCAAGAAGGAUUAUCCGCAGGUUCUGUGCCUUUCGCCUACCUAUGAGUUGGCCAUACAAACAGGCGAAGUCGCCGCACGGAUGGCUCAAUUCUGUCCAGAAAUCAAGCUGAAGUACGCCGUGCGAGGCGAAGAAGUUGGGAGAGAGAAGCUCACCGAUCACAUCAUUAUUGGAACGCCGGGAAAAGUCAUGGAUUGGGGUAUUAAGUAUAAAGUGUUCGACCUAAAGAAGAUUCGAGUGUUCGUCCUGGACGAGGCUGACGUCAUGAUCGCGACACAGGGACACCACGACCAAUGCAUUCGAAUUCAUAAACAACUUUCCAAAUCGUGUCAGAUGAUGUUCUUCUCGGCCACGUACGACAAGGAGGUCAUGGACUUUGCACAAUAUAUCGUUCCGAAUCCUAUUAUUAUUAAACUGCGUCGGGAGCAAGAAUCGUUAGAUAACAUUAAACAGUACUACGUUCGCUGUAAAGAUCAAGAUGAGAAAUACAAAGCCAUUCAGAACAUUUACGGAGGAAUUACAGUUGGCCAAGCGAUUAUAUUUUGUCAUACUAGGAAAACGGCUACAUGGCUAUCUGGCAAAAUGAGUCAAGACGGUCACUCAGUGGCAGUUCUCUCGGGUGAAUUGACUGUGGAGCAGCGACUUCUUGUGCUUGACAGGUUCAGAGACGGACUCGAGAAGGUGCUGAUAACAACGAAUGUAUUGUCUAGAGGUAUUGAUGUUGAACAAGUGACAAUAGUAGUGAAUUUCGAUCUCCCCAUGGACGGACAUGGGCGGGCUGAUUGCGAGACUUACUUACAUAGGAUAGGAAGAACUGGCCGAUUCGGUAAGAACGGCAUCGCUAUAAAUCUCGUGGAUUCCGAUAAAUCGAUGAACAUUUGCAAGGCAAUCGAAAAACACUUCAAAAAGAAAAUCGAGCUCCUCGACGCAGACAAUUCGGACGAGAUCGAAAAGAUUGGCACGGAGUAAAACGCAGCGCUUUCUGUACAUCCGAUAUCUAUUGUUAUGGCAUUCAAAUAAGAUUGUGAUCAUUACUGCAUUACAGGCUUCAAUCUGCUUACCAACAAAACACAAGUUUUUAGUUGUACUAUGAAAACGACUUUCUGUUUUUUUAUUGCAAUAAAACUUUAUUUUACACUUUA